AUUUUCCUUACAAUUAACCCAUAAUGCAAGCGCUGACGCAACGUGAAAGCAUAAAGGAGCCUGGUCAACCCUGACAGUUGACACGGCCCCCCUUUCUCCUCCUCUCCCUCUUCGCCCUUUUCAUCGUCUUCUUUAAAUACUAGCCCAACUCAGCAGGAUCUUCCAUCGAGUUCAUCUAAUUCCAGUGGCAGUCAUCAUGGCUCAGACUGUUGUCCUCAAGGUUGGCAUGUCAUGCGAAGGUUGUGUUGGGGCCGUGAAGAGGGUUUUAGGAAAAAUGGAAGGUGUAGAAUCGUUUGACAUUGAUUUGAAGGAGCAGAAAGUUACAGUGAAAGGCAACGUUCAGCCUGAAGCAGUUCUCCAGACUGUUUCUAAGACUGGGAAGAAGACUUCCUUUUGGGAAGCAGAAGCCAAGUCCGCCGAGGCUGUUGCUUAACACACUUCUCUUAAUUGCUUUAUGGAUUGAAGUGCAUUUCACGGGUUUAGAUUGGUGACUUUAUUAUGAAUAUGCCGUGGCUACGUUGUGUUUGGCAAGUCUGUAAGCUACAAUAAUAUCUUGCAUGCGCGUCGUAUGUUAUUUCCUGUGCCCUUUAAUGAACAGAAAGUGAUUGUUUUACUACUAAAUAUGUAUAGAAAAUGUAUUCCUUGGUAAUUUCUUCUACAAUGAUAUAUUACCCAUUUGCUUAUGCCGGUAGCAGAAAGCAAAGAAAAUAAAGGUUUAAGGUUUCACUAAGGUAU